AGUAGGUUUCUAUAGUGGUUUUGCGCAGGACAUUAUAACAUAUUGCCCUCCAACUCUAACAACAUCAACAGGAGUAACAGCACAAACUGCCAUAUUUACAACUAAUGCAAUUACACCUUUUGUGAUAGUCUCUACUUCUUCUACUGCUGCACGAAACACACUCCCAUGGUCAACAAAGUCAGAAAGUAGUCUGUCAGUAACAAAUGACUCUGAUUCCAGUGGACUGAGUUACACUUCCCAAUCACCUAACGUUUCAAGUCGAAUGACAGGCAUAGGCAGCACAAAUGUGCUAGCUCCUACUAGUGUAACCGAACAUGUUAUGGAUAUAUCUGCAAGUGCCACAUCACAGACAACACUUAAAAGUGAUCUCAUGAGCACUCCUUCCUCUUCAUCAUUUAUGAGUCCAUUAACAGCAACUAGUCACUUUACUGUUUCAUCUUCCCCGGCUAUGACUGAGAGCAACACAACUAUUAAUGUCACAACUUUACUGACAGCCAUACAAACAGGAACAAUACCUAGGAAUUAUAUUACGACAACAGUUAUAAGCACCAUCACCAAUUCAACAAUUCUAUCUGAAACAUUACAGACAACUCUGACUGCCUCAACACCAAUUGUUUUUUCCACAAAUUUGGUUACUGUACCAGAUUCCUCUACUGCUAAUAGCAUUAACAAAAAUUCCACAGCUUUUCAAGCAACAAUGACAGCAAACCUACAUGCCACUCAGAAUGAAACAGUUGCAUACACUAAAGGUGAUCUGCAGUCAAUUUCUUCAUAUGAAACAAAAGCUACACCAAAUACUUACAGCUUGCCCUUGAUGACAGUCACAGAGGCUGUCAGCACCAGUGAUGUCACUAUGUUGAUAUCAAGUUACAGCACAAAUAUCACUGGACUGUUGAACACAACACUCAUCCACACAUCUGCAGUAACUGAAACAACACUCACAACAACAGCACAUGCAAAUAUAAAUCUCUUAAGCAUGUCUCCUGUUUCAGACAUAUCAGCAACUUCCAGUGAAGGACAAAAACUUCUUUCAUUGAUUACAUCCAAGGACACAUUACUACAAACAGAAACAACAAUGAAACCAGACAUUAAUUCAUCCAGGUCUGAUAAUUCACUAGUCACAUCAACAAAUGUCCCUCUAACUACAACAGCUAUUACUGCAACUUCCUCCUUUAAAGAAACAGUUACAUUACAUAGUACUUCAGUUAUCAUUACAACAGCAACCACAAUAGGAGGAGAAUUUCUUUCUGGGGUUACAUCUUUGCAAACAUUACUAGAAACAAGAACAACAAUGAAACCAGACAUAAAUCCAACCAGUUCUGAUAAUUUACCAGUUACAUCAACACAUGUCCCUCUUAUUACAACAGCUGUUACUAUAACUGACAUUACAACUUCCUCCUUUCAAAAACCAAUUUCAUUGCAAAGUACUUUAGAUAGUGAAACAAUUACUAACACUACUGCAACCACAAUAGGAGGAGAACUUCUUUCAGGGAUUACAUCUUUCCAAACGUUACUAGAAACAGGAACAACAAUGAAACCAGACAUUAAUUCAACCAGUUCUGAUAAUUCACCACUUACAUCACCAAAUGCCCCUCUGACUACAACAGCUGUUACUAUAACUGACAUUACAACUUCUUCCUUUAAAGAAACAAUUCCAUUACAUAGUGCUUCAGUUAGUGACACAGUUACCACAACUGAAACCACAGCAGGAGGAGAAUUUCUUUCUGGGAUUACAUCUUUGCAAACAUUACUACAAACAGGAACAACAAUAAAACCAGAUAUUAAUCCACACAGUUCUGAUUAUUCUCCAGUUACAUCACCAAAUGUCUCUCUAACUACAAUGGCUGUUACUAUAGCUGAUACUAGAAGUUCCUCCUUCAUAGAAACAAUUUCAUUACAUAGUACUUCAGUUAGUGACACAAUUACUACCACCACUGCAACCACAACAGAACGAGAAUUUGUUUCAGGGAUUACAUCCUUCCAAACAUUACUAGAAACAGGAACAACAAUGAAACCAGACAUUAAUUCAACCAGUUCUGAUAAUUCACCACUUACCUCACCAAAUGUCCCUCUGACUACAACAGCUGUUACUAUAACUGACAUUACAACUUCCUCCUUCAUAGAAACAAUUUCAUUACAUAGUACUUCAGUUAGUGACACAGCUACCACCACAGCUGCAACCACAAUAGGAGGGUUAUUUCUUUCAGGGAUUACAUCUUUGCAAACAUUACUAGAAACAGGAGCAACAAUGAAUCCAGAAAUAAAUCCAACCAGUUCUAAUAAUUCACUAUCUACAUCAUCAAAUGCCCCUCUAACUACAAUAGCUAUGACCAUAACUGAUGUUAAAACAUCUGCCUUUAGUGAAAUAAAUCCUUUACAUAGUACUUCAGUUAGUGACACAAUUACCAGUACAUCAGGAAUAACAGGCAGGUUCUUACAACCAGCGUCUGUAACUACUUCAUCUGUUGGCAUCACAUCUCUUCCUCUAAAACCGAGUACAAACACUGUGAAUACUGCACAAAACCUUGAUCUUUUCAGUACUUCCACAAUAAAUAGUCUAUCUAAUUCUUCUGGUUUUGAGAAUAUCACUUUGAAUGGUUUAACAACUUUGCCAAAACUGUUGGAAAGUGCAAGAACCUUACAAGAAAGUGCAAGAACCUUAAACACAACAAAUUUUGUAGGUAUGUCAUACUUUACAUCUGUUAAAAAUAGUCCUUCUACUCCAAAGAUAGAAAUGAAUAUGUCUGCCAGGACUGAGUUUUUGCAGACAAAAAUGUCUCCAAGUACAGUUUCAAACCUUUCAUAUAGUACUGCAUCUGCUACUUUAAUUACAGAGCCUGCAACAAUGCCCAGCAUUGCAAGUUUGACUGGAUUAUUACAGACAACAAAUGCUAAUGAUUCAGCUAAACCAACUGUUUUCACUGCUAUAUCUGAAAUGGAAAACUCUGUAAAAACCACAUCUGAAAGUAGAACCACAAGUAGCCCUGUCAUUUUUCCAGUCAGUUUAGAAACUAUUGCUACCCUUACUCCGUCAUUUAAUCCGAAUAUAAUCUGCACUUCUUCUGCAACUGAAUUAUCUUCUUUGGCAACCCCUAAAUCUAGCAAUUUUGUUAAAUUUACAUCAGUGCUAUCAAUCCCUCAUACGACUACUUCUGCUAGUCUUUCUAUGGGUUCUGCCCCUAUGAUUAUCUCCUCGCUUUCAGCUACCCCUAAAACUGGUUCAGCCACUGAAUUUAAAACUACAAUAUCAAAUUUUAAAACAACGAUAGGCAUCACUGCUGAUAAACUUUCUUCACUUAGUCCUGAAAUUAAAACAAAUACAAAUAAUCAAUUUAUAACAUCAGUGGAUAUGAAUACCACAUUGAGUCCAGUCAUAAACUCUUCUGUUAUAAGCACUUCAUCAGUGACAGAGAAAUCUGCUUCAUCUACAGCACAGUUCAACACAUCCAUUAGCGCAGCAAAAAUGUCAGCAGCAUUGGAAACUGUGGCUCAAAGUUCAUCUUUACUUUUGUCUUUAUUUUCUGUCAUUAAUGAAGCCAAUACUUCCACUGCCACCACAUCCCUGCUAUCUGGUGAAUUAGCAACACAUCCAAGUGUUUCCUCUAACACCAACUUCCAAAUCACUACUUCAACUAGUGGCUCUCUAACAAUGGGACAGCCAACGUCACUUAGUACUUCCUUUAUUUCCUUUACAGUGGUACCAUCUGUAACUGAAUCUUUCACAAUUGUUACCCAAACAAUGUCUCCAAGAAGUGAAGAAAUAGCAACUGUUGGCACAUCUUUGGUCACAGAUUCAUCUAUCACUGUUGCCAGUAUACUCACUGAAUCAGCAUAUCAGACCAAAUUACCAACAGCUACAAAGUUUCUUACCUCAUUUAGCACAACUGUUAGUGAGAUAUUGUCAGUUACAGAUACAUCUUUUGGCACUGAAUCAGACACAAACAUGACUACUAGCCUGGGCACCCUGCUGACAUCAGCAACAACAGUAUCCCCAGCCAUGUCAUCACUUAGUACUUCUGUUUCUGCUGUCACUCACACCAGCACAGCUACUGUACCUGCACCUCAGACUAUGUUAUCAACAAGUCUUCCCAUCUCAUUUAGUACAACUUUCACUGAGACAUCGCUAGUAACAGAUACAGCAGUUGUAGAUUUAACUGAAUCUACCUUAGCCACUAGACAAGGAACUCUGCUGACAUCAGCAACAACAGUAAUUCCAGGCAUGUCAUCACUUAGUACUUCCUUUAUUUCUGCUGUAACUGACACCAACACAGAUAAUAUUACUAUAACUCGUACCGUUUUACCCACAAAUGAAAGUUUUCUUGUCUCAGCUGGUACAGCUAAUACAGAGACAUUAUCAGUUACAGAUGUCAUUUCUCCAGCUGUUACAGAAUCUAGAACAGCUAUUACCAGAACACUAUUAGUUACUAAUACAUUAAUUCCACAUGUAAAAGAAUUGAGUACAUUUCCUGACAUAUCAUCUACAAUGACAUCAACAGAAGUAAUUACUGCAGGUAAACCUUCAUCUGUUAACGUAUCAUCUACAGUAAGAUUAACAGAUACAACUAGUACAGGUAUAUCUUCAUCUUUUAACUCUUCUGUUUUCAGUUACACUUAUGCUGACAGAUAUCAGGACUCUACAUUUCUUACAUCGCAGAUGGCUACUGAUGUAACAGAUAGUUUAAAUGCAAAGGUUAGCAGUUCAGAAAACGUUACAAGUACUUUGGUUCCAUCCAUAACCGAAGCUGUCACUACUGGUGUCCUAACAAUGUAUCCAAGAAUUGAGGAAACGGAAACUCUCAGUACAACUUUGCUCACAGUUUCAUCUGUUACUAAUAUAAAUAUACUGUCAGGAUCAACAGCUCAGACCAUGUUUCCAGCAACUACAAAUUUUCCUAUCUCAUUUAGUACAACUGCUAGUGAGACAUUGUCAGUUACUGAUACAUCUACUGCAGCUGUAACAGACUCUAAUACAGCUGCCAGCCUGGUUACUUUGCUGACAUCUUCAGCAACAGUAACUCCAAACUUGCCAUUGCGUACAACGUUAUCUGUUUCUGCUGUCAGUGACAGCAACACUGUUAUUAUGUCUGAAACUCAGACCAUGUUACCUACUACAAGUCUUCCAGUUUCAUUUAGUAAAGCUACAAGUGAGGCAUUUUCAGUUACAAGUACAUCUGCUUUAGGUCUAACAGAAUCUAACAAGACUAUGAGUUUGUCUACUCUGCUAACAUCGGCAGAAAUAGGAACUCCAUCUGUGUCAUCUCUUAAUUCUUCCUUUGUCUCCGCUGGCACUGACAAUAGCAUACCUACUCAGUCUGUUGCUCUGACUGGAUCAGGGGCAACCACAGCUGUGACUAACAACUUGGGUGUCUCCAUGAGCAAUACUGAAACCUUGGUUCCUUCUGUAAUGGGAUCGACCACAACCAUUGAUGUAUCAACUACGGUGACAUCAGCAGAAAAUGUCACUUCCAUUGUACCAUGGUUUUCUUCUUCCUUAAUUUCUACUGUUGCUUAUACAGACACAUCCUGGACCUCUUCAGCUCCCUCCACAGUAGAUGCUGUUACAAGCUUAACCGAUAUUUUAAGUACAACUAGAAGUAGUUCCUUAUCAGUUGCUGAUACCUCAUUUCCACCUGUAAGUGACUCUGUCACAAUCCACGAUAUAACACCCACAGUGACAUCAGCUCAUGCAACAUCUACAGCAAGAUCACUGGAUACAGCGGUUUCAGGUUUAACACCACUUCUUACUUCGUUUGUUUCACUUCCUCGUAAUGCAAAUACUUUCCAGGAUUCUACAGAUCUGACAACAUUAGGAAGGGCUACAGACUUUGCCAAGAAUUUAAGCACAACUAUCAUCAGUACUUCAUCAAUUACCCAUAGCAUAGUUACACCUCUAAGUGGAUCUAGUGUGAGCAUUGAGACAUCAUUUUCAGAGAUGUCAGCUGAUACAUUAAGUUCGAGCAUGCCAUUGCUUACAUCAUCUGUCUCAGUGAUUAGCGAAUCCAGCACACCUUCUGACUCUUCCUGGUUGACUAAAAUAGCUACCCAUGCAAGUUCUCCACUGAGUGUGACUCUUAGUGGGACAUUGUCAGUUACUGACACAAGUUUUAUAUCUGCAGGUGAUUUUAGCACAGCAGUUACUUUAGAAAGUGAACAAAUGUCAAAAGAAACAUCAGCUAUAAGUAGAGCAUUUGUGCUAACUUCAUCUGUAACCACUGUUGCCACUCCCACCCUCUCUACAUCCCUAGUCACAUUCAGUACACCUGCUGAUAUAAAAGAUCUGUCCAUUACAGCUGCCACCAGGACCUCAAGAGGUACGUUAGUUCCAGAGAUAACAGAAUUUACCACAACUCCUAAUCAAUCUAGUUUGCUAACAGCAGCUAUAAGCACGUCAGUGCUUACUACUUUUCUUGUUUCGAUUUCGACUUUGGACACAGCCACAGUUGUACCAACUGUAACAGGAGAAAGCACAACUACUAACUUCUCCUCUCUUCUAGAAUCAACAAAAAUAGCAUUGACAAGCUCACCAUUGCAUGUGGCAUCCUCCGCUUUAACCACUGCUGAUACUAUAUUUUCAGUUACUGAUGUACAUUCCUCAAGCUCCACAGGGGCAAUCACAUCUGUUAAGUUCACUGGGUUGCCAACUGAAACAACAAUAACAAAUCAUUUGACAAGUCCGUCUAUUAUCUGUAGUCCUGCAGUUACUGACAUCUCUAUCCCAGCGAUGACCAGUGCUACCACAAUAAAUGAGACCACAGUGACAUCACUAGAAACUAUUUCCACCUUGAGUUCUUUAGGCAUUGCAUCUUUUGCAUCAUUAGUUACUGACAGACCAGCUUUUAGUGCCACUGAACUUACCACAUCCGCAAGUGCUGUCACUGUACAAGGUACUCUAGAUAUUGCUACAACUCUUCGCUCUUUUAUAUCAGCAGACAGCUAUUCUACUGUCAUCAAAACUGUUUCAGUAGAACCACAGACGACUAAAAGUUCUAAUGUAUCAUUAAGAGUAACAGACGUAAGUACUGCUAAAUUAAUUGCUACAUCAGUUCCAUCUAUGACUUUGUUCCAUUCCUCUAAUGGUGAUACAACACUUCCGACUAACUUAGAAACAACAACCUUUAGUCACCCCUCUCGUGAUGUUACAGCACUUCUGACUAACUCAGAAAGACCAAGAACCCUGGAUCAUACAUCUCAGAAUGGUACAAUACUUGUGACUAACUCAGAGAUAUCAACAACUUUGGGUCACGCAUCUCAUGUUGUUACAACACUUCUGAGUAAUUCAGAAACAUCAGCAACAAUGGGUCACACAUCUCAUGAUGUUGUAACACUACUGACUAAUUCAGAACCAUCAAUGACUCCAGGUCACACAUCUCAGGAUGUUACAACACUUCUGACUAACUCAGAACCAUCAACAACACUGGGCCACACAUUUCAUGAUGUUACCCCUUUGACUAGUUCAAACCCAUCAGUGACUUUGAGUCAUGUAUCCUAUAAUGUUACAGUACUUAUGACUAACCCAGAAACAACUACAGUACAGAAUCCAUUAAUUAUUACAACUCAGAAUACACUGAAAGAAGCAACUACAGGAAUCACUCCAACAGCUGCAAAUGUAUCGGUCUUGGAUAUCACGUCAGACAUUUUAAACAUAACUGCCUCAAUGGCCACUGAUAUUAAGUCAGCAUCUGAUAUGACAGCAACAACUCAAGAAAAUAAAGCUACUGCAAGUGACCCAGAAAGAGCAACUCAUGUUACUUCAUCACACACUUUUGAAACAUCUUCCUCAUCUAGCACAUCAAUGACCCUCUUUACAGAGUCAACAUCAGCGAAUCAAUUACAAAAUGCAACAAGCAUACCUGCUAGGUCUGCCAGUUUUACUAGUUUAAUAACAAGAACCAUAACUAGCAGCUCAUUACCAACUAGUUUGUUUACUACAAUGACAAGUAAACCAGUCUUUUUAAGUUCUUCUUCAGCAUUGGGUUACACUAGCCUGGCUACUGGAAUAACAACAUGUAGUCCAACGUUUUCAUAUGGUACAACAUUUUCUGCUAAUGCCACAACCAGUGGCUUAAUACCGACAACACCAUAUCAUAAUUUUACAAGUACUGCCACUUCAGCAAAACAAACAGGCUGUCCUUCAAUGUCUCCUACUCCUCAAAAGCUCAGACUAUUUAUUGCUGUGAAAGUGAGAAGUUUUUCUUCUGUAGUCGUAAGUGCGCUUUCAGAGCAAAUGAAGCUAAAGGUAAAAGAAGUCUUCCCAUGUUCACUGCCUGAAAUUACAAGGAUAACACAAACAUCAUAAGGACUUUUAAGUAUGUGUGAAGACUGCAUCAUUAAGAUUACCCAGCAAAAUGUGCUUAACUGAAGUUGCCAAAGCAGUAAGAACAAAGAACUUUAACCUGGCAAAAUAUUAGACUGAAAAAAAUGUAACAGUUAUUUGCUCUGUGCACUAAUAACACUACCUAAACUGCU